ACUGACUCUAUUUUAUGAUUCCUCAGUCUUUAAUAGAGAGAGAAAGGGAGAAGAAACGUUAAUCAAUGGCGUCGAGACCGUGCGAUUCGUGCAGAUCCGCGGCCGCGACUCUGUUCUGCCGCGCGGACGCGGCGUUUCUCUGCGGCGAAUGCGACGGAAAAAUCCACACAGCUAACAAACUCGCCUCGCGCCACGAGCGAGUCUUGCUCUGCCAAGUCUGCGAGCAAUCUCCCGCGCACGUCACGUGCAAAGCCGACGCAGCCGCGCUCUGCGUCACGUGCGACCGUGACAUCCACUCCGCUAAUCCACUCUCCCGCCGCCACGAGCGCGUCCCCGUCACGCCUUUCUACGACGCUCCUUCAAAUGCUGACGUUAGCAUGGAGGCUGCGUCUUGGCUCUUGCGCAACCCGAGCGUCAAGGAAGGAGGUGUAGAGAUCCCUAACUUGUUUGCUGAUCUUGAUUACUCGGGGGUUGAUCCGAAGAUGGAGGCGUCGGAGAAUAGCUCCGGCAACGACGGAGUCGUUCCUGUUCAGACCAGAGCUCUGUUUCUCAGCGAAGAUUACUUCAACUUCGACAUCUCAGCUUCCAAAACAACUUUCCCACACGGAUUCAGCUGCAUUAAUCAAACUGUUUCGUCAACAUCGUUAGAUGUACCGUUGGUGCCCGAAGGUGGAGCUGUGGCGGAGAUGUCAAGAACGACGGCAGCACCAGCUCUGCAGCUAUCUCCUGCGGAGAGAGAGGCUAGGGUUUUGAGGUAUAGGGAGAAGAGGAAGAAUCGGAAGUUCGAGAAGACUAUUAGGUAUGCAUCACGUAAAGCAUACGCCGAGGUGAGGCCGAGGAUUAAAGGACGUUUUGCUAAGCGAACUGAUUCAAGAGUUAAUGAUGGAGGAGAGGUCGGAGUCUACGGCGGGUUUGGAGUGGUCCCGAGUUUCUGAGUCUUUCUUCAGUGUCAUGUUGUAAGAAACAUUGAUGAUGGUAGCUAAAGUAACGGUUAUUAGAGAAAUGUUUAAUAGUUGAAAUGUUUUUUUAUUAACGUCGAACAACUGAUAUGUGUCACUCCAAAACCAUAUCAAAUCAGCAAAUAUAAAUUAUAAAUUACUUCCA